AUGUCUGAUUAUUCUGUGAGAUCGGACAUUCUCGCACAUUCAAUUAAGAAGAGAGAGCUGCAAAAUCUCCCGCGAACUAUGGCAACGAGUAAUAUUUUGAAAGAAGAUUCAGAUGAUGAGAAUAUGUUAGGUCCACCGCAACUGAGUAACUUCGGAUCUGCACUGGUGUCUGAUAAGGAGAAUAUUGAACCAGGGGGUCGAGUGUAUAAGCAUGGGCUACAGGUUGAAAGAACGCUAGGGAAGGAGGUCGUAGCCAAUAAGAAAAACAAUGACACAUUAGGGUCUUAUUUCAACGCGCCUGGAUCGCAUACAACAACUUACUCCGAAGGUCAUUCAGAUUCCACGAUGCUAGGGAACUUCAAAGAUAACCAACAGAGCAUGACUACCUUCAAUUCCCAGACUCAGGCAGAUUCUGGAAAAACCUAUACUUUCAACGACAAUAGUCCUAGCUCUUCCAAGCUUAGAAACCUACAACAAACGCUCAAGGAUGAACUAUCAACCAGGAGCACUAGAAGAAGAAACAGAAGAUUUAUUUCCUCUCGGCUGAGCCUUCUGGGACCUGCCCAACGAGCGUCUUCUGCUACCACCACUCCAGACAGAAGUGUCAAUGGUGAUGAUUCUCAAAGUUAUCAGCCUUUUCUCUUCAACAACCCGGCGAAAGCCGAAGACAAAAGCAGCUAUAGCGUUUUUCAUGAUCCUCGACAAUCUGUGCUCUCACCCUCUAAUGACUACAAAAAUACCGCUGCGGCUUACGAAAACAUCGAUUUUGGAGAUUUAAACCCAUACCAAUAUCUCAAGAAACACAAUUUACCAACUACAGAACUACCGAACAUAUCAAGGGUGUAUUUUGAGCGCCAAAAGGGCCAGAAUCGAAGUAUUGCGCUGAGAAAAAGUAACUUAACGAAAGACGCAAUACAAAGCCGCCUUGCUUCGGCUUCACUUUCAAACUCGUCGUUUCUAAAACAAAAUGAGCCCCUAAAACGCGAGCACUCAUUCACGAAAAGGGAACCACGAAGAAAACUUAGCAGCGGUCCCGCAAAUAACAUAUCAAAAGCUUUAUCAUCACCCGUGUUCGAUGCAGCAGCUACGCGCAAAGCUUUAGAUGGUAAUGAUGAUCAGAACACCCAUGACGAGAAGUAUGGAAUAGUCAAAACCCCCCACAAACACAGCGAUGGCUACUUUCAGAGACGAGAAGUUCUUUCUAACAUUGAUAUCAACAGCAGCAGCGCAAAGCAACCCUUGCAGAAGAAGUUCAAGCCUGCAAAUAAUAGAUUUGAGAAUCCAGAGGUCGCAAAGAAAGGUCAGAUCCUAUCUGUAGACCAACCUAGAAUCAUUGGUCUGCCUCACAAUUCGCCCAUUCUUUCUGAGAAAAAGCAUGUAGAGAUUCUAGAACCAGCAAGGUCUGCAGGACAUGUUUCACACAAGCCUUCAACGGCUGGGUCGGAGCCAUUGCUGAGGAGAAGGCCAACUGUGUGUGUUAACGGAAUAGAAUACGAGAAAUUGGAGCUUCUAGGUAGAGGUGGUACUUCAAAAGUUUACAAAGUUAGAAAUUCCUCUAACAACAAAGUCUACGCUUUGAAAAGAGUUUCGUUUGAUGAGUUCGAUGAUGGCAGUCUCGACGGUUUCAGGGGAGAAAUAGAGCUGCUGAAAAAGCUCGAAACUAAACCACGCGUUGUCCGACUUAUAGACCACGAAAUGGGCUCUGGUAUUUUACACGUUGUCAUGGAGUGUGGCGAUCACGAUUUAUCGCAAACACUUGCCCAAAGGUCUGACAUGAACUUGGAUGUCGAGUUCGUCAGAUAUCACUCUCAAGAGAUGCUGAAAUGCGUAAAGGUAGUCCACGAGGCUGGAAUUGUACACUCAGAUUUGAAGCCCGCAAAUUUCGUUUUUGUAAAGGGCAUUCUCAAGAUAAUUGAUUUUGGCAUUGCUAACGCAGUUCCUGAACAUACUGUCAACAUUUACCGAGAGACGCAGUUUGGCACACCCAAUUAUAUGGCACCAGAAACUCUCGUGGCAAUGAAUUUUACGUCUGAUCAGGCCUCGGAACAAAAUAAAUGGAAGGUGGGUAAACCUUCAGAUAUUUGGUCCUGUGGCUGCAUUAUCUACCAGAUGAUCUACGGAAGGCCGCCUUAUGGUGGCUUUCAAGGGCAGAACAGAUUACUGGCCAUCAUGAAUCCAGAAGUCAAGAUCGUGUAUCCCGAGAAAACUUCCAGCGGCGAUAUCGUGCCGAAAACCGCGAUUGACACUAUGAAGGCGUGUUUAGAAAGGAGUCCCAGUGAAAGGUGGACAGUCGACGAGGUACUGAAUGGUUCGUUUGUAAAUCCAGUUGCCGUCACACAUUUUUUCAUUCGCGAUCUGAUCAAAAACUCUGUUAAGUACGGUUUCAACAAGAGGGAGCUAUCGAGCGAUAAAAUCGAGGAACUAGCGGAUGAUGUUUGGCGAAGGUUAGGUGAUUUCAGGCUUUAG